UCUUUGCCGGACUAAAUAAAGGAAGGAGUUCUGUCGUCUUCUGGUAAAACAGGUUUACACAGCUAACAGAACAAUGGAUUCAAUGCUGAGCUUAUCAUUGGAAGAACCUGUUAAGAGAAACGCUGCCAAGAAGUACAAGAUAAUUUGUAUUGAAGCUGCAGGAAAAAAUGCUUUGAUCCUUCACAUAGAGGACUAGAGGGCUGUCGGUGUGACGUGGGAUGUAAAAGCCGAGGCGACUGCUGCUGGGAUUUUGAAGACACCUGUGUGGAAUCAACUCGAUUGUGGACAUGCAAUAAAUUUCGUUGUGGGGAGACCAGACUAGAAUCCAGCCUUUGCUCCUGUUCAGAUGAUUGUUUACAGAAGAAAGACUGCUGUGCUGACUAUAGGAGUGUUUGCCAAGGAGAAACCCCAUGGGUGGAAGAAGAGUGUGGCGAAGCCCAGCAGCCUCAGUGCCCAGAAGGAUUUGACCUUCCACCCGUUAUUUUGUUUUCCAUGGAUGGAUUUAGAGCUGAAUAUUUACAGACAUGGGGUACUUUAAUCCCUAAUAUCAACAAACUGAAAACAUGUGGAAUUCAUUCAAAAUACCUGAGACCUGCCUAUCCAACCAAAACCUUCCCAAAUCAUUAUUCCAUUGUCACAGGGUUAUAUCCAGAAUCACAUGGCAUCAUUGACAAUAAUAUGUAUGAUGUAAACCUCAACAAGAAUUUUUCACUUUCCUCGAAGGAGAAAGAAAAUCCAGCUUGGUGGCAAGGACAACCAAUCUGGCUGACAGCAAUGUAUCAAGGUUUAAAAGCUGGAACCUUCUUUUGGCCAGGAUCAGAUGUGUUUAUAAAUGGCACCUUUCCUUCCAUAUACAGAAUUUACAACAGUACUGUCACAUAUGAAGAGAGGAUCUUUACUGUGUUAAAGUGGCUGGACCUGCCCAAAGCUGAAAGACCUGAUUUUUACACCAUAUAUGUGGAACAACCUGAUUCUGCAGGUCAUGAAGAGGGACCAGUCAGUGCUGCAGUAAUUCGAGCCUUACAGUUAGUGGAUAACACUUUUGGAUUGUUGAUGGAAGGCCUAAAACAGAGAAACUUAGACAAUUGUGUCAAUAUAAUCCUUUUGGCUGACCAUGGAAUGGAUCAGACUUAUUGUGAAAAACAGGAAUAUAUGACUGAUUAUUUUUCCCAAAUAAACUUCUACAUGUAUGAAGGACCUGCCCCCCGCAUCAGGGCUCGCAAUAUACCUCAGGACUUUUUUACCUUUGAUUCUGAAGAAAUUGUUAGGAACCUCAGUUGCCGAAAACCUGAUCAGCAUUUCAAACCCUAUCUGACCCCUGAUUUGCCAAAACGACUACACUAUGCCAAAAAUGUCAGAAUUGAUAAAGCUCAUCUUUUGGUGGAUCGACAGUGGCAGGCUGUGAGGAGUAAAACAUCUUCAUCUUGUGGAGGAGGCAACCAUGGUUAUAAUAAUGAAUUUAAGAGCAUGGAGGCUAUUUUUUUGGCACAUGGACCCAGUUUUAAAGAGAAGACUGAAGUUGAACCAUUUGACAAUAUUGAAGUCUAUAACCUAAUGUGUGAUCUUCUACACAUUCAGCCAGCACCAAACAAUGGUACACAUGGUAGUUUAAACCACCUUCUGAAGGUGCCUUUUUAUGACCCAUCCCAUGCAGAGGAAGUAUCAAAGUUUUCUGUUUGCGGCUUUACUGUGCUAUUGCCCACAGAUACUCUGGAAUGUUCAUGCCCUGGGCUACAAAAUAAUGCUGACAUAGAACAUGUAAAUCAGAUGCUAAAUCUCACUCAAGAUGAAAUAACAGCAACAGAGAAACUAAAUUUGCCAUAUGGGAGGCCCAGGCUUAUGCAAAAGAACAAAGAACCCUGUCUCCUUUAUCACAGGGAAUAUGUCAGUGGAUUUGACAAAACUAUCAGGAUGCCCCUUUGGAGCUCAUAUACUGUCCCUAAACCGGGAGACACAUCGCCUCUUCCUCCCACUGUCCCAGACUGUCUGCGGGCUGAUGUCAGGGUUGCUCCUUCUGAGAGCCAAAAUUGUUCCUUCUAUUUAGCAGACAAGAAUAUCACCCACGGCUUCCUCUACCCUCCUGCCAACAACAGAACUUCUGAUAGUCAAUAUGAUGCUUUAAUUACAAGUAAUUUGGUCCCUAUGUAUGAAGCAUUCAAAAAAAUGUGGGAUUACUUCCACCAUGUUCUUCUUAUAAACUAUGCCAUGGAAAGGAAUGGAGUCAAUGUGGUUAGUGGACCAGUAUUUGAUUAUAAUUAUGACGGUCAUUUUGAUGCUCCAGAUGAAAUUACUGAAUAUGUAGUCAACACGAGUGUUCCCAUCCCAACACACUACUUUGUGGUGUUGACCAGUUGUAAAAAUAAGAGCCAAACCCCUGAAGACUGCCCUGGGUGGCUGGAUGUCCUACCUUUUGUCAUCCCUCACCGACCUACCAAUGUGGAGAGCUGCCCUGAGGAUAAAUCAGAGGCUCUUUGGGUUGAAGAGAGAUUCCACGCACACGCUGCCCGGGUCCGUGACGUGGAACUUCUUACUGGACUUGACUUUUAUCAGGAAAAAGUACAGCCUGUCUCUGAAAUUUUGCAACUAAAGACAUAUUUACCCACGUUUGAAACCAUUAUUUAACUUAAUAUAUAAAACAAUUUUGGAAAAAUGUAAAUGAUUUUUUCUGUUGAAGAAUAUAAAAUAAAUUUUUCUAUUUUUCCUUAAAUCUUCUAAAAGUCAUGUUGCAUAAUUUUCAUUAUUUUCUUCUCUUUUCCAUUUCUAUGACAAUAGCUCCAUUUUUUUUGCACAAAGGUUAUGCUAUGUUAUACCUUUCUUUUUUUUUUUUUCUUUCUUUUUUUCUUUUAAGGGCUACACCUGAGGCAUAUGGAAAUUCACGGACUAGGCGUCCAAUCAGACCCGCAGCCUCUAGACUAACCACACCCACAGCAACCCGGAACGAUGGAACCGAAGAGCAUCCGUGACCUAGGCCCCAGCUGGAUACCUAACCCACUGAGCAAGUCCAGGGAUCAAACCCACAUCCUCAUGGAUACUAGUUGGGUUCUUUUUUUUUUUUAUUAUUUUGAAAAAAAUAGUAUAUUUUUAAAUGAUAAAGAAAUACACAAUUACCAAGUUUAAGAAAAUACAAAGUAUCUAAAAAAUGAACACACACAUGACUUCACAAAACUACUCAGCUGAAGUUUUUACAAGUUCUGUAUUGUAUGAUUAUAGUAAAAUCUGAUAGAGAAUUUUGAGAAAAAAACUAGUUGGGUUCUUAAUGCAUUGAACCACAACGGGAACUCCUAUACCUUCCUUAUUAUAUUUAUCAUCUCGUUUGUAAACCUUGGCUGUAUUUUUUCUACCCAGCAUUAUUGAAACAAAAGGGAGAACAAGAGAAGUAGAUCUCACUUUUGAAUUGAAUCAAUUCUAUGUCAGUUUUGUUAUCAAAUUUUUUAAUCUUGGCAGUCAGGCAGUAUUUAUUAAAAUAAAAAAUACACAUUACCU